CAACUAUCAGCUGAAAUCGUGUGCAAAAAAGGUGUAAAAGAGGUGAUGGACUCAUGAUGUUUGACCAAGUGGGCCAAUUUGACAGUGACAGGUUUGUGACCCUCUUUCUAGCCCUGGCCCCGAUGAUUAUAAGAGACCAAAUGCAUAUAUUUAUGUAUGUAGUUGACCCCACCGGCAACGUCCCGAUUACUCAUCUACAUAAAUACUUCCCUUUCCCCCACCCGUUCGAAUUUCGCCUGGCUCUACAACACUACAAUCGGAACCAUUCAUCAGCUUCCUCCCCUUUCUGCGCGCUAUCCUCGUCUCUAUACUCUUCGUCACAUCGGUCAUUUACGACUGCUACAAGCUCCAUCAUCACUAUCGACGUUCGCACAAAUCCAUACACACAGAUUAGCCAGGAUAAGAAACAAGCACCAUCCCCAUUCUUUGAGAGGCACAAUAAAAAAAAUAACCAAACUUUUCGAAGACGCUGGAUCAAAGGAAGAUAGGACACGACCGAGACAGUCCAAACAGCUAAUUUACGCCCUAGUUCGAUCGCCUACAGAGGCUCUCUGGUCGUUAUCUCCAUCUUCACCAGUUUGGGAAAACGAGUUGAGAUCAUCCAAGCAGGCCGAUUAUCAACCCAUCGAUUCCAACUCGUUCAGUUCAGCUCUUCGGCCUCGACCCUAUCCCUCUCGACCAAGCUUGAUUGGAGACUGUUUGAAAACUACUCUCGAGGUGUGUGUGUGUGUGCUGGCUUAACACAGACUCGAGCUCGAUAGAUUAAAUCGGCGGAUAAAUUGAUUAAUUUGAGCCAGUCUGACUCCCCUGCGCCUUCUCCUUACUCAGCCAGUCCUCACUCGCCAACCGAGAUGGUCAUCCUCCUCCAAGCCUCCAACUCGACUGCCACCAAAAACCCAGCCGCCCCAAACAACCCUACCCACCCACCCAUCCUUCUACUCAAACAACCACCACAGCCACCCAACCAGCUAUCACAGCAAACACCAUCACCACCACCACCACCACCACCCAGCACAAACACAGCAACCCUGACCAAUCACAACAAGCCAUUCAUCUUUGGCUCCAGCUGCACAACCAUCAACCCCACUCCCACCAGCAACACUAACACCAACACCAACACCACUCCCAACCCCAACCCCAACCCCAACCCCAACUCAUUCUCAUUCUCAAGCUCAAGCUCAAGUGCAAGCUCAGCCAACCCUGAACCAGGCCCAGCCGAACCACAACCACUGCUCCAGCUGCUCAAUCGGACCGGCACAUCUACUCACACCGGACGGCACCGGCGUAAGAGCAGCGUCUCAAUCAGCCCGCCCUUCUCUCGUAGCCCAUCCCCCAUCGACCCUAACCUACUGCUGAUCAAUAACCGAACCGAAGCCAACUCGAAACAGCUCAGCCUGCCCGGACUACCCGGACUGGUACAGACCACCCAGAUCGAACAGGAUAUCCUCUCCAGGCCUCGCUCGAUCCCAUCCUCAUCACUCUACUCCAACAACUUCAAGCUAGAACAUCCUACUAGCAACAGCCUGCCACCACCCUCAUCAACCUCCUCAAACUCAUCACCAUCCUCAUCACUCUCCUCCUCCUCCUCCUCAACCUCCUCUGCCUCAUCAAACUCAGCCAACCUCAACCAUCCCAACAGAAGCUUCCAUCUCCAAUCCUUCCUCUCUAGCCAUCACCAUCCUGCUCAAGACCCACAUCUCAGCCUGGCAGACCAACCAACGCUCAGCAGACGAUCAAGUGCCGACUCGCUCUCUCAGUCUCGUCUCCAGCUCCUCAACCUCACCCGUCAACGCUCACUCUCACCCUCCAUCUCAUCAUCCUCAUCAUCCUCAUCACCCUCAUCCUCACCCUCACACUCUCCUCUCAGAAUCACUCCUGAUCAAGAGCACCAGAACGAUACAGUGACUGAUGAUCAGAACCAACAGGGCGAUCACCCGGGUUUAGAACUCGAGCUCGCCCAGCAACCCUUAGUUCAAAUCCCCGCUCUCAUCAUCCCCGGUUCAUCCUCACUCUCCAGCCAUCGCACCCGUAUGCGUUCCCGUUCGAUCACCUCAAAUCAACCUCCUUGGCCGAUUGAUCUCUCAUCCUCGCCUCUCUCCACAACAAUCAAUCCUGAACAUCCUCAAGAUGACCCCCUAUCAUCCCCCAAGCUAUCUCUUCUAUCCAACAAGAAAGCCAUCCCCCCUCCUCUCGAUCUGACCCGCUCCAUUCAAACACCUGCCUCAUCAACAGCCUCAACAACUACAACGCCCGCUGAUCCUGCACGUCCCGGGACACCUCUCUCUGCUGACUUCGCACCUAACUUCAUCGACCCCACCAUCCAACUAGCUGCAUCCGCUCCACCCACCUCUCCCUCUUCACCCCUUGAGAUUGAUCAGAAACCAAGCAGUCCGCUCAUCAAACCUGAGGAAGAUCUGGUGAUCGAAGAUGAGGAACGCAAGGCGGCUGAAUGGAUGGAUACCUGCUCAAACUCGUGUGCGCUGGAUGAGAACAGAGGUGAGGAUGAUCCCGCCCAUCAGUCCUUCAGCCCGCUUCAUUUGAUGGGCAAUAAUGAUCAGGAGGAAGAUGAAGAGGAUGAUAGAUUGAGUACGAUGGAGAAGAUCUUCUUGUUUGCAAAUAGUGAAAACGCUUAUCACCGUGUCAUUGUCUCUCAACGGUUGCCUGAACUUUUGGAAGAAGUGGAUAUCUCCGAAGCGGUUGAAUACGUCUUACCGCUCCUGAGUGGAUUGGCCCAAGAUGAUGAAGGGAUUCGUGAAGCUCUUGGCCCAUCGCUGUGUAACAUCAUGUGGUACUACUUCAGUAAAUGUCCAUUAUCAGAAACUGAAGAGCCCCCUGUCAAUGACGGCCAACAGCGCCCAGCCAUGACUCCUUCUUCCAGAGCCGACGGUUCGAAUCCUAGUCUAGAGUGGCCUACUGAGGAACGGCGCAAGCGACCUCAGAUAUCCCUUGGUUCCUUCACCAUCUCAUUAAUCACCCUGUUCACUGAUACCAACCGAUCAAUUGGACUGCUCUCACGCUACGCCUUGGUAGCUUUUCUCUGCCGACUCUUAGAUUGUCCGUUGCCCGAGUGGUCAGAAGACAUCAGGUUGGUCGCUGGCGAACCGUACCUGCCGAUCGAGUAUCAUGGAGUAGAUCGGGAAGACCACUACGAAGAAUACGUGUUCAGUGAUUCGAUACGAAGACGAAUCGCAUAUGAGCUUGUUGGCCUAGUGAUCCACGACCUCUGUCAACCACCCAAGCCUGAUCCGAUUGUCCUGCGACGUGACCGUAGCGAUGCUAGUGAAUCCGAUGAAUGGGAUACCGUACCAUUGGGUGGCGAUGAAGCUGAGCAACUGAGCCGACAGCGGUACUACGAUAUUGAUCCACCCAAUCCUUCCUCCAAUCCACUUGGAUCUAAUUCACCUUCCAACUCAACGUCAGCUUUGAAUCUACCUCCAGUCGACAACUUUUUUUCACGACACGUCUCAUCGCAAUACUCAAGCGACAGUCUGAACCCCAAUGAUUCUCUCGAUUGCAUCCAUCGUCAGCAAGGGGGCUUAGCCUUAAUUGAGUCAAUAGCUCAAGCUCGAUGCUUCGAUGCCAGUUUUAUGCAUCGUAAGUUGCUGCGACAAGUGCUUGACAUGUCUCGCGAUGAGGACUGCCGUGCCCUGCGACAACAAGCUGCUUCUACCUUGACCACUUUGAUGAUCAGUUUGCCAUCCUCGUUGUCAGCAACGACUCCAUCCUGCCCCUUGGAUUCGUUUGUUGAGAUGGAUGAAGACACAGAGAACCUACUCAUUAAUGCAUUUCGCUCUUUCGCUUCCGACAUGGACCCCGAAGUUCGAAAACAGAUCUGUCUAGGCUUACCUGCUCUCCUAAAACUGGUUCAGCAUCGCCCCCGAGCUGAACUGUCCCUCGACCUGAUUCAACACUUCAGUCGCGAUGACAACCGGGAAGUAAGGAUUGUUGGAUAUCAGAUCUUAGGCGAACUGAUCUACGUAUUCCACCUCGAGAAGUCCACAGUCCCCCAUCAAAUCGUCCAAUACUUUCUCAGCGGGUUCGAACCACAUCAGCAAUCGAUGUCAGACGCCCUCGGGGAGCGAAUGGCAGAUCGAAUGCGAUCAUUUGGUUGCUCGAUGGAUUUUGAUGAUCCACCCUCAUUAAUGCUAGGUCCUUUCGAUCAGGAUCAACUCCCUCAGACUAGCUCGUCCUUUGGAACCUCUGCGAUAUCGCUUGAAGACACUGAACGAGCCAUGUGUUGCUCUUACAACUUCCCCGCAGUCUUGCUAACCUUGGGCGUCGAAAGAUGGCAGGAUAUGAGGAGCUUGUUUUUGAAGUUGGCGACGGACGUCUCGUAUCCGCCCAGGGUUCGACGGUCGUUAGCUCGCUCGAUGCACGAACUCAUCAAACUGAUAAGGGCACCUCUGAAGCAGACCUGCUCAAUGAUCGUCCAUGAUUCGAUCGAGACCUCGAUUUCACUUGCCACCGAAGACUGGCUACGCGUACUGAAGUUCUUCUUAUUCGAAGACCCGGAUCUCGGGAACACUGAAUCUGUCUUGGAGACUUUGGACACUAGUCUUAGUGACAUUGAUGUCGAAGGAGAGUUGAGUUCAAUAAUCUGUAAAUUAACUCAGUACUUCGGUACACCAGAUUCCGAUUCCCUCAGAACCGUUGGCUGGACCGUAAGAGAACGCGUGAUCCUUUUCUUGCCCAAACUGUUUGAUCACCUGAGUGAUUGCUUUGUCGAAAGAGAAAGUGAUGGCUGUAUGAAGACUCUACUUUUCGCUGGGCUCAAUGACCCUGCCGCAGCUGUAAGAGAAGCUGCCCUUCAAUUCGUUCCGAUAUUGUAUAAUUCGGGACGAAAUUCUGACAACCGGAAGUUUCAAUUGAGGUUACUGAGCUCAUUAAAAAGCUUGAGUCAAGAUCCAAACUACCGAGUUCGAAUGAUUUACCCACGAGCAAUCUUCAACUUGGUGAAGUUACUGAUGCCGAUCGAUAUCCUGGAGUCGAUUGUUUUAGAAGACAGUAGUUUGACGCAAAUCAGUCAAGAUCGAGUGGGUGGAGUUCGGAUAGGCUUGAGUCGCUUGAUUCAUGAAUUGUGUACCUCAAAUGACUAUUAUGGCUGCGAAAGUGGUCGGAGAAUCCCUAGACUCCUAAGGCGGAUGAUCGAGAAACUGGCUAAGGAUCCGGAAUCAGUAGUUUCUUCGUUCAUAGAAGAUCUGGCCAAAGUUCGAAAUCCGGAUGAUGAACCUCUACAGGACACGGAGAUGGCCGUGAUGGCCAAUCCUCAGGCAAGCAGUUCGACUGACAGGAGGGUAUCUCGCCUUGGUCUUUCAUGGGGCGGCAAAUCGAAUGUGGACGAUAGUUGUGGAAGCAUUCGGAUGGACUGCUUGGAGGAGGACUCGGAGGAUGAUCUCUCGGGCUCAGGGAUUCAAGUGGACGAAAGCCGACUGAGUGAGGAUGAAGGUGUGAAGAUCAGCAUCAAUGAAGAUCACAGUGAUGAUGACGAGAGUACUACCCCGCAUGGAGAGCUGCAGAUCCCUCUCCAUACGAGCAUCGAUAUCGUCGCAGAUGAAAACUUUGACUCUCCUAACCUCUCUCUCUCCUCGGUUUCUACCGACGGCGAUGAACUCAAAAUCCUUGAUCAUCAUCACCAUCCUCCGAGUACACAUUCCCCAACACCCUUCGUAAAAUUGAGUUCAAGGAAAUUAACAAAUCUUGGAUCAUCCGAAGAGGAGGAGGAGGAUGAUGAUGAUGAGGAAGACCAGCUGGUUGAACAAUUAAAUGGACUGGGUUCUGAAGACAUCGACCGACAUCAUCCCACAGUCUCCUCAUCCUUUACAUCGUUCCCUCAGCCCCCACACCUUUCUUCUUGUCUCGAUGAACACCUCGAGAUCGACGAUGAAAGGUUUCAGAAUUCCACCUCUGAUGAAGCCGACAUUCCACCUCAGCUCGUUAGGAAAAAAGUGCAACCCCUCGCCCGAUCCGAGCGCUCAUCAUCCAGGAGGAGUGGCCCGAUCCGUAGAAGCAUCUCCGAGCCAGUCGGCUGUUUCUUGACCUCCUCUUCAUUUUCUUCUUCCUCUUCCCCCAAAACCGAGUCGGCAUGGUUCUUGAACUCCAAUGACUCUUCCUCUUUCCAACACUCUUGCUCAUCAUCUCCAAAAACUGCGACUGUAAAAAACACAAAUAGUCCCAGGAACGCUUCACCCACUACUCCUACUGCGACUCAGUUAAGAUCUUCACGAGGAAAAAAAGUGAGCCCCAAUGGGCUUCGUCAGAACGGCUUGAUUGAUCACAAGGAGGAGGAGGCACAUUCCCCGCGUGCUAUCAAUGGUCGGUCUAGUAGUAAAAAUCGUUAUGGAAGCCUCAGUUCUUUCCAUUACCAUCAAGAUCAUCAAGAAGAAGACGAAGAACCAGUUCAGAAGAGAAGUAACAAUACUCGAAGAAGUGUCAGCCAUCAUGACUCACUGGCUUGUCGUCAACAACAUCAACAGCAGCAUGACCGGAUCCACUCCAGCUCAGCGCUUAACAAUCCCAAAUUCUUCUCCCCUCAUCAUCACCACCUACUCGCCCAUCCUCGUCCUUCUCCAGACUCAUCUUCCUCUAAUCGCGCCUCUCUCAUUCCCUCUCCUUCAACAACCGCACCACCAAUCGAUUCCUCCGGCGAGCAACUUUGGAUGAGGGAAACUGAUGGCGGGUUUGUUGAGGUUGGAGAAUAUUAAAAUCUUGCCAUUGGGUUUUUUUUCCCUCUACUACGACUAGUAUGAUUGUUAUUAUUGUCUUUUUAUUUUUAUUUUUACUUUUUUCGUUUUUUUCUUUUCUUUUUUUGGUAUAAAAAGUUGCUCAAAUUUUUGUAAUUUAUUUUAAUAUUAUGCUUUUUUGUUUGUAAACAAAAAAAAAAAACGAUCUACUCUGCUUACUAUCUGUCAUGAGUCUCCUUGCAAUGAUUCUCGAUCAUCGUAGCUUGUUCUUUCUUUUUGACCAAAUAUUUCUAUCUAUAUCACGUUUUUUUUUUUUGGUACAUAUACAUAUUUACUUAUAUUUAUUACUCGUAGUUUUGCCCCUUUUUUUUCUGGUCUCUCUUGUCUGUUUAUUUAUUCUUAUAAUUGAGCUUUACUCAAGUAAUC